CUUUUGCGUGAUAUUCACCUGGCACAGUAUCCGGAUUCGUCCGUUAUUCUGGGGCAUUUGGCUCCAGUACACAGGUCCACCGCUGUCGGCUUCUACUUUUCUGCUGUCUGUCUUCUAAUUGCAUGCUUAUUAGCGUGUCCUCUGCGCUGGCUUUCUAAGCGGGAGUUUGCAGCAACUGAGGCACGCAAUUCCGUUAGCAAUAUACCACCCGAUUUUACCGGUCCAGGAUAUCAUGGUGCCUGUGACUUUACUGGACCGAUACAAGCUGGAGAUGGCGAGUGGUUGGCCGUUGAUCCAUCUCAAGGUUUAACCAAUUAUGCAGCAUGUCUUUCGGAUGCCAUAUCUCGCAACUCAGAUCAACCAGACUAUCACUUGGAGCAACAGUACCCGCAAUUGCUUCCAUCAGGUCAAAAUCCACCUCAAAACGCAUCUCCGACCGAUGGCCUGGGUAGUCCUUCGGCAGUUUUGACCGUGCCUGAAGAAUCGGGCCUCGAACCUGUUGUAGAGGAGGAGGAGGAAGAGGAUUAUGAAGAUGAAGACGUUGUCAAUGUGGCAGGAGCGAGAGAAUAUAUCAGUUUCUAA